GUCAGACAAACGUGGACGGACACGGACGGUCGUCGCAUUUAGCAUUUGCGAUCGCGUUUAUUUACCGAUUAUUAAUUUUUAGAAAUGUGGACGUAGUUUUAAGUGAACAAUGCAAAUCAAAAUGGGUGAUGAAAUUGAAGAAAAAGCACCGGUAACUGAACCGAAAGUGACUCCUUCUGUUCUUGACGCAUUUGAUUUACUCAGAGCAGCAAAGGACGAUGAAAAACUCAAUGGUGGAGUCAAGAUUAUCUUUCAGCUACAAAACAGCGAGAAUGAAAAGGAUGUUCACUAUGUCUUGAAGAGGCUGGUCAGGAGUUUGGGCGCCAACGUGCCGGGCAUGAGAACGGGCUAUUUUGCAACUCUAGUUACUGUGCUAACCAAACUCAGUCAAAUAACUGUUUCAACUCUCUUGGAUCUUAUCAAGAAAGAGUUGCAUGCUAAUAAGUCAUCCAAAAGUGAGGUUGGAGACGUGGCCCUGGGCCAUAUCCUUGUAUGUGGUGCUAUUUUCCGUUCCGGACGCAUGCUGCAAUGUACUGAAGAAGAGCAGAAGGAUGUGAUACAAUUGCUACUGAAAGCUAGCAAAAAGAAAUCUUAUUUGAGCACUGUGGCUCAUCUAAUUCUUUUAGACUUUAUUAAGGGGCUGGAUGAAGAACAGUUUUCCUCUAUAAUAUGGUCAAAUGUCAAAGUUGAAUUCAAAAACGACUUGAAGGAACAUACUCUUGACUCUCUCUAUUUUCUGAUGGUAGCCAAUUCUAAAUUUCCUAGCAAAGUCAAGCUGAGGAAACUUAUUGGUGUUACAGAAGUGUUGUGUGAAGAUAACAUUCAUGUAAUAUGUGAAAAACUUAUGACUGGUAUAGAUUUCAAUUCAGUAAGUCAUCCUAUCUACAAGGAAAUUGGCACAGAAAUCGCCAAUUCGCUACAUUUGAAACUAUUCUGGACUUCAGGCAUUGACAGCCAGCUUGUGAAGCACAACAGAAACAGGGAACUGGCUGCCAUGAACUUGCUCACAAGUAUACUGGACAAUAUCAAAGAGAAUCAUGAAGUUAUACCAGAAUUGAUAAGUACAAACAUGUUUAAAUUGCUCAUGGAUUGGUUCAAAGGUCUACAAACAGCCAGUAAGAUCAGAAAUAAAAGAGAUGAGGAGGAUGACCACAAAAUUAUGAUAAAAAAGGGCAAGGAGCUUUUGAAUUCAUUAGCCAAAGUAGUUAAAUCAGAGAAAGUAUCUAACACAACUCGAGUGGAGACUUUAAACAAGCUGCUAUUCAAUCCUGGUGAAAUUAAUUUUCCUGAAGUAACAGGAACGAGUAUAAUUAAAUCAAUAAUAUCUGAUCUAGAAAAAGAUGGUGUUAAGAAAAUGGCUAAGUUGUUUAAAGGUGUGCUUUUGAACACGACAAAGAAGUUUGUGAAGGUGGAUGUUGAGAGGAAUUGGUAUAACAAUGAGAGGGUGAGGGCGGCCGAACUGCUGUCUCACCUGGUCUGUCACGAGGCUGUCAAAGACGACACAGACUUCAAACUCUCGUACAUGAAGAUACUUAUGUGCUUUGGAUUUUUUAAGAUUGGUGGUGACAAGAAUGUUGCCAUUAGCGUUGACUUAUCAGCAUCAAUCAAGUCGUGCUUCUAUCGCUGCUUCACAUCCCGGUUCUCCAAUGUUGACAGCUUGGCCUCCGUCCUGUCUUCCCUCUGCAAUUUCGUGUGCAGUAUCCUGGAGAAGGAAGAAGUGAGAAAGAAACUGGAAAAACAAUUCCCGCUAGAAAGCAUGGAUUGCUGGCAGAUGCUGACACAAAUCUGCCAAAACAUUGAACAAAACGAGUCCAAAUCUAAAAUAGAUAAAGUGUUUUUAAUCUUACUUUAUCAGUUAGGACUCUUCCUGUUCUCGGAGCCCACUCAUGUUAAAGUUUCAAGAAGCUCCAUAAAAGAACUUAAAAGUUGCUAUGAACAUUAUAGGAAAGGCACGAAAAAGAAAUCAGGAAAGAUAAAAGAAGAUAUAAGUGAGGAGCCAGAGUGGAUAGAGGUUUUAGUAGAAGUUCUGUUGUCUAUUCUGUCAGUCGAGUCCAGUGUUCUUAGAUCUGUAGUACAAUGCGUUUUUAGGUUACUGUGGGAAUUUUUGACUCCCACCGCCAUUGGUCAAAUAAUAUCUGUGUUGGAUCCAGAAAGCGAAUCAAAUCCACUGACACAAAAUGACGAUUCCGAAGAUGACUCUCAUGAUGAAGAAGACGACAUAGAAGAGGAAAGUAGUGACAAAAAUGAAGAAGACAAUGAAGACAGCAACAGUGAGAUUGAAGAAGAUGAAGAUGAGGAAAUGAAGAUACCUGAACAGUUGAGAAUGGCUGUUCAGAAAGCAUUGGGGUCAGCUGUUCCAGAGUCUGAUACAGAGAGUGUCGACGCUGACAUGAUAGACGAUGAUGAAGGGAAGAAACUAGAUGCAGCUCUAGCAGAAGCAUUCAAACAAUUCCAAUCCGGCAAAUCAAAAGGAAAGAAGAAUAAAAAAGAGAGGAAAGACAAAAAGGCCCUGUCUGAUUUUAGGAUAAGAGUUCUUGAUUUGAUCGACAUAUAUUUGGAGAAGGACCCAUCAAUGGACAUCUGUUUGAGCAUGAUUGCGCCGCUGAUGAGGAGCCUGGAGUUCUGCAUGCGAGACAAUCAAUUUAGUGAACUAGAAAACAGGGUCAGGAAGACUAUAAAAACGUUAACUAAAGUUAGAAAAUUUGCUUCAACUGAUGGAGUCACAGUUGACGUUUUGUGUGACUACUUAAAGUCGAACAUUGACAAAGGGGAACGGUCUCAUUUUGUAUUUCAAGCUGUGGGUGAUGUGGUAACACAUUUUGCUAUAUUCAUCAUACAUUGUUCUCAAAAACUUGAGAGUAAAUCGGUGUCACUUAAAAAGAAAAAGAGAGACAAAUCUCCACUGGUGGAGAUCUUCAAAGAAGCUCUUCAGAGUUAUUUCAGGAAUCGUAACUGUCUUUUGCCUAUAAUUUUUUUCCACAAUGUUCUACAAACUGAGUGGGAAGGCACAUAUGAUCUUGUACCAAUUAUAAUAGAGAACAUAUUCAAUAGUGAGGUCAGGCAGUUCCGUCGUAAUGAAGGGCUGGAGCUACUAGCAGGGUUCUACAGAGCUUUGAAAAGAAAUAAACCCGACGACACAGCUGUGGCUAUAUUAUUUGAUUUAGAAACAAAAUUUGAGACCGCAUUAGUUAAGACUUUGAAAAAUGGAGAAUUUGAAGCUAAGAACAAUUAUUUUGUACUGUUGAAAAAAAUAAUAAAUGUAAUAAGAAUGUUUCAUGAAAACUGCCACAUUAAAACAAAUUUAGAUUUUAAAUCAUUGUUGGGUACUGUAGGAUCCUGUAAAGGUACAAAUAAAAUCAAAGGCAAAACUCAAACUCCUGUAAUACAAAUGGAGAAUGGAAAAGCGAAAAAACUGAUAAAGAAUAAGAAGAAGCGUAAACAAGAAAUAAAUGGUCAAGCCGAGCCUAAUGCUAAGAAGAUGCGCAAAAUUUCACAGCAAAGUGAAUGAUUUACAGAAACAUGUAUCUCUGUGUUAAGCAAAAUAAAAUCAUAUUGAUAACAA